AUGGCGGCCGGCAGCGGCUCCAAGGCUGCUGCCGAAUUCAUUGUCGGUGGGAAAUACCAACUGUUACGGAAGAUCGGGUCCGGCUCCUUCGGGGACAUUUAUCUGGCGAUGAACAUCACCAACGGUGAGGAAGUGGCUGUGAAGCUGGAGUCGCAGAAGGCCAGGCACCCCCAGCUGCUGUACGAGAGCAAACUCUAUAAGAUUCUCCUAGGUGGCGUGGGCGUCCCCCACAUCCGGUGGUAUGGCCAGGAGAAAGACUACAACGUGUUAGUCAUGGAUCUUCUAGGACCCAGCCUCGAAGACCUCUUCAAUUUCUGUUCAAGAAGGUUCUCGAUGAAAACGGUGCUUAUGCUGGCUGACCAAAUGAUUAGUAGGAUUGAAUAUGUGCAUUCCAAGAAUUUCAUACACAGGGACAUAAAGCCGGAUAACUUUCUCAUGGGGAUUGGGCGUCACUGUAAUAAGUUAUUCCUUAUUGAUUUUGGUUUGGCCAAAAAGUACCGAGACAACAGGACCAGGCAACACAUCCCAUAUCGAGAAGAUAAAAACCUCACCGGCACGGCCCGAUACGCCAGCAUCAACGCACAUCUUGGCAUCGAGCAGAGUCGCCGGGACGACAUGGAGUCGAUGGGAUACGUGUUGAUGUACUUGAACAGAUCCAGCCUGCCAUGGCAAGGACUGAAGGCUGCAACAAAGAAACAAAAAUAUGAGAAGAUUAGUGAAAAGAAGAUGUCCACUCCUGUUGAGGUUUUGUGUAAGGGGUUUCCUGCAGAGUUUGCCAUGUACUUAAACUACUGUCGUGGGCUGCGUUUUGAGGAGGCCCCGGACUACAUGUACCUGAGACAGCUCUUCCGCAUUCUUUUCAGGACCCUGAACCAUCAAUAUGAUUACAUUUUUGACUGGACAAUGUUAAAGCAGAAAUCGGUACAACAGGCACCUUCCAAUGGGCAGGAUCAGCCGGCCCAAACCUCCGCAGGCAAGCAAACUGACCAAGCAGAGUAA